AUGCAGAAAAUGAUGUCAAUUAUAGCACGCAGAGGCUUCAAGCAAACACUAGACAAAGCAACUCGUUUGAUAGAUGCUUCACCUUCACUUCUUCAAGAAAAAGCAAAUUAUAAAGGAGAAACUGCGAGGGCUGUUAUGGGCGGUGCUAUAGCAACUUCAACUCUUCUGGGAGUGCCUUUGGGACACAAUGGAUCAUAUCACGAAGGUCCGACAUUUGCUCCUCCUCUAGUUAGGGAGGCCAUUUGGAAUGAUAGCACAAACUCAACAACUGAAGAAGGCAAGAAUUUAGUUGACCCGCGUGUGUUUGCGGAUGUGGGCGAUAUCCCUAUCCAAGAUCUACGAAAUUUAGGAGUCAAUGAAGACAAAUUAAUGAAUUUUAUUAGCGACUCUGUCAAGAUAGUGAUGGAUCAUGCUCCAUUGCGUCCCUUAAUUGUUGGAGGUGAUCACUCAAUAUCAUAUCCUAUUGUUAGAGCUGUCUCUGAGAAACUUGGAGGACCAGUUGACAUUCUUCAUUUUGAUGCACAUCCGGAUCUCUAUGAAGAUUUUGAUAAUAAUUAUUAUUCACAUGCUUCACCCUUUGCUCGAAUCAUGGAGGGUAAAUAUGCCAAUCGAUUAAUACAGGUUGGUAUACGAUCAAUAAAUGAUGCUGGAAGACAACAAGUCGAAAAAUACGGAGUAGAGAUACAUGAAAUGAGACAUUUUGCAAAAGACCGCGACUAUUUAGAGAAUCUGUUCUCUUUCUCCUAA